AUGGCCCCAGUGUCCGCCAAACCCACUGUGCCGAGAAAGAGGAACAGAAAACGCAGAAGGCGGGCAGCCUCGUCCUCAUCGUCCUCUUCUGAUUCCAACUCUGACGACUCUGAGCCAUCCUCUCCGAAGCCUCAGCCUAAGGCACAGAUACCGGUCGCAGAGCCAUCGACUUCAGAAGACACCGAGUCCGAAUCGGACUCGUCGUUGGAUGCUGGAGACCCUCAGACCGACAUUAGGGCCGAUAAAAGCACCCACGGUGUAACCACCAUAGCGGCUCCACCGCGACGAUCACCUUCCCCCACACCCCCGCCUGUGGCAAUUCCCUCAUUUUCGCAGGCAAUUAGUGACAAGCAGAACGAACAGGCUCUGAGAGAUCGCUUCCGGAAGUUCUGGAUGGCGUCCGUAGCCGAUACCUUCCAGGACGAUUUGGAAGAAAUACGCAAAGAGCCGAAUCUUACUACCUCACGUCUUUCGUUGCUCGUCGAUGCGUUAGCCUCCGGAGCGGACGUCUUCACGUCGCAUGCAGGGAAUGGAAAUGACAUAAACGAAAUGGAGGUUGUAUUGGAAUCGGAACAUAAUGACUGA